AUGGUGUCCCCCACGUGGCAGAUAAGGAAUGUGAAAUUCCCGCAAAAUUAUAUGGAGAAUAAAGGGCGUAUUAAGCUGGAAUCUUUCUUUAUGAUUUUGCUUUUCUUUUUACAUUUGAGGUUGCUUCAUUUGAAGGUAAUUCAUCAGAAGUUUGUUCUUGGAGGAUUAAACUUGGAUAAAGUAUCUGUCACCUUUACAGAGCAAUUUCAAUCAUCACAAGCACAAACCCUAUUGAGAAUUCAACUCCUCCUAAACAAUCCACCCUUUUUGAAUAGUUGGGAUAAUGUCACAGAUUUUUGCAACACAGAACCGAGGUCGACUCUGACUAUCGUUUGCUACGAAGGUAGCAUAACUCAGUUGCACAUUAUAGGAGACGAGGGGGCUCCUCGAUUACCUAAUAAUUUCUCCAUUGAUUCCUUUGUUACUACACUUGUUAGGCUUCCGAGUUUGACAGUCCUUAGAUUGGUUUCUCUCGGUUUAUGGGGACCGUUGCCUAGUAAACUUACGCGUUUGUCAUCGCUAGAAAUACUAAACUUGACUUCAAAUUUCUUUCAUGGCACUAUACCGCCCGAAAUUUCUUCAUUGACACGCCUUCAGACCCUAAUACUCGAUUGGAAUAACUUUACCGGCGGACUUUCGAAUCGCCUGGAUUCACUUUCAGCUUUGGCCGUGUUGAGUGUGAAGAACAAUUCUUUAUAUGGGUCUCUGUCCGAUUCACUCGGAAAUUUGGAAAACCUCAGAGUCCUUGCAUUGUCGAACAACAAAUUCUCCGGUGAACUGCCUGAUCUUAGCAGUUUGGUUAACCUUCAAAUUCUUGAUUUGGAGAAUAAUGCUCUCGGCCCUCGAUUUCCUGCAGUCAGUAAUAAGAUUGAACGAAUUGUGUUGAGGAAAAAUAAAUUCACAUUCGGCAUUCCACUGGAAGUUCAAUCCUAUAAUCAACUUGAGCAUCUAGAUAUAUCGUCCAACCGAUUUGUGGGACCUUUUCCAGCUUCCUUGCUAUCCCUACCAUCGAUUGCUUAUGUAAAUAUUGCAGAUAACAGAUUCACAGGCAGGCUUUUCGAAGAUCUUCCUUGUAAUCCCAGUCUCGAUUUUGUGAACUUCACUUCAAAUUUGUUGACUGGAAAAUUGCCAAGCUGUUUACUUCUAGGUUCCAGGAAAAGGGUCGUGUUAUAUGCUGGGAAUUGUUUGGUAACGGGAGAUAAUAAUCAGCACCUGAUUUCAUUCUGUAAAAACGAGGCUCUAGCUGUGGGAAUCAUACCUCAUCACGAGAAGCAAAAAGUAAUUUCCAAAAUAGCUAUAGCUUUAAGCGUAACCGGAGGAAUUAUUGGGGCAAUUAUACUAGUUGGUAUAGCCCUUUUGGUAGUCAGAAAUUUUAUUGCACAGAGAGCUGUACAUAAACCCCCAACAAGAUGUGUAGAAGAGAAUGCAUCGACUAGCUACACCUCAAAGUUCCUCCGAGAUGCAAGGUAUAUACCCCGAGCAACAAAGCUAGGUGCACUUGGCCUUCCUGCUUAUAGGACGUUUUCGCUGGAAGAGCUCGAGGAGGCAACAAACAACUUUGAUACAUCGACUUUCAUUGGAGAAGGAACUCAUGAUCAGAUGUACAGAGGUCACUUGAAGGAUGGCUCCUUCGUCGCAAUUAUAUGCCUGAAAAUGAAAAGAAACCAUGGCAUUCGACACUUUAUGCCUCACAUAGAAUUAAUGUCAAAACUCAGACAUCACCAUUUGGUCAGCUCUCUCGGACACUGCUUUGAGUAUUACUUGGACGAUUCAAGCGUUAGCAGUGUAUUUCUCGUCUUUGAAUACAUGCCCAAUGGGACUCUCAGGAGCUGGAUAUCUGAGAAGCAGAUUAAACGAAAACUUACCUGGGCACAGCGCAUCGCAGCUGCGAUCGGGGUAGCAAAGGGUAUCCAAUUCCUGCAUACGGGAAUUGUGCCCGGUCUCUUUUUGAAUAAUUUGAAAAUAACAGAUAUUUUAUUGGAUCAGAACCUUGCUGCAAAAAUUUGCAUCUACAACCUGCCUUUGCUAGCAGAGUAUAUGGGAAAAGAUCAUCUCCAAAGUUUUCACAGUGAAUCGAACGAUUUAAAGAGUGCAAGAGCAAAUCAUCAGGACAAGUUCGAUAUUUAUGACUUCGGUGUAAUACUGCUAGAAAUUAUUUCGGGGAAGGCAUUAAAUUCGAGGAACAAAGUCGAGGUUCUAAAAGAUCAGUUACUUUCCAGCAUAACAACCGAUGCUGCAUUGAGAAAGAGCGUCGUUGAUCCAGUGAUCAACAGUUCAGGCUUGGAUGAAUCAUUGAAAACGAUGAUCGAGGUAUGCUGCAGGUGUUUGCACAAUGAUCCAGCUGAUAGACCUUCUAUCGAAGACGUACUAUGGAAUUUGCAAUUUGCUAGCCAGGUACAGGAUGCAUCGAGAAGAGACUCCCAGAGCAGUGAUGGCUCCCCGAUUUCACCUAUGCAAUCCUCGCGCUUAAAGCUCACUAUCAAACAAUAG